UGGUUGUCUGGCUGGUCUUGCAUGGUGUAGGACAUCAUCACUGCUUGCCGUGGCCGUUAAGUGCAACUCCUGCCGCUGCAGCCUGCAGGCUUCUUCUUCUUCGAGCUCGCGGCCAUAAACUAAACUAAAAGUAUACCAUGCGACGCGACGACCAAGCCUAGGCCUCUGCUUCAGGUGAGGUGGCACGACGAUGGCGCCGCUGCUCGGAGUCGGGGUCUCUCUCCUCGUCGCCGGGCUCGGCUGCGCGCUGCUCGUCGCGCCGUCGGAAUCGGUUGCUGAUGACGUGUCCGCGCUUCUUGCGUUCAAGAAGGCCAUCUACGAGGACCCUCUCGCGAAGCUGUCGGACUGGAACCCCAAGGACGACGAUCCUUGCGGCUGGACAGGGGUGGAGUGCUCACCGUUCGACAGCCGCGUGGUGACUCUGGAAUUGUCAAAUUCAUCGCUCAAAGGAUUCCUGGCACUAGAGAUUGAAUCCCUGAGUUCUUUACAAAAACUCAUAUUGGAUCAAAAUACACUCAUGGGUUCAAUUCCGAAAGGAAUCGGCAAGCUGAGAAAUUUAAUUGUGUUGGACCUCAGCAUCAAUCAACUCGUAGGGUCCAUUCCCAGUGAGAUCGGUGACAUGCCAAAAAUGUUAAAAAUAGACCUUCAUGCUAAUCGGUUGGAUGGUGCUAUCCCUCCCGAGCUUGGCAAAUUGUCAAGCCUCACUGAGUUACGAUUGAGCAAUAAUAGCCUUACAGGGACUAUUCCUGGAAGUAAUGAUUCAAGCGUGGUAUUCACCAACAGCGAUGGCCAAAUUGGAUUGUGUCGAUUAACUCAGCUAACUGAUAUGGACCUCUCUUAUAACUAUUUAGUUGGAGAUGUUCCUACAUGUUUCAAGCAAAUCCAAAGAUCAAGCUUGGUAGGAAAUUGUUUCAAGAACAAUGACACAACGAAUCGUCCUGAUCAUCAAUGUGAAAACAACCUGAGAGGAAACGAAAACAACAGCGUUGAUAAGAACGAGCGGAAAAGCUCUCAACAACCACUUUGGCUUCUUAUCCUAGAAGUCAUUACAGGAAUUUCAUUUCUUACUAUGUUAACACUAUGUACCAUAGCUGGUCUCAGAAGGUGCAAAGCUAGAUCCUCUGGAAACAGUGGUACAUGGACAAGAGCUGUAAGCUGGAAGGAAAACAAUGUAAUUUCAAUUGAUGAUGACUUGCUCGCGAAUGUGCCAAAAAUAAGUCGGCAAGAGCUUGCAGAAGCUUGUGAAGACUUCAGCAAUAUCAUUGGAUCUUCUCACGAUACAAUAGUAUACAAAGGAACUAUGAAUGAUGGCAGUGAAAUUGCUGUUGUGUCACUAUCUGCUUCAGUACAUUACUGGACGAGCUAUGUUGAGCUGUACUUCCAGAAGGAGGUAGUAGAAAUGGCCAGAUUGAGUCAUGAAAAUGUUGCGAAGAUGGUGGGAUAUAGCAAGGAAUCUGAUCCGUUUUCAAGAAUGCUAGUCUUUCAGUACCCACCAAAUGGGACACUCUAUGAGCAUCUCCACGAUGUGGAAGGAUGCCAGCUAUCUUGGCCCAGGCGGAUGAAAAUAGCCCUCAGAAUCGCCCGUGCCCUCAGAUACUUGCACACAGAGAUGCAGCCCCCAUUUGCAGUAGCUGCAUUGGCAUCAAGUUCAGUUUAUCUAACUGAAGAUUUCUCCCCAAAGAUAAUUGAUUUUGAGAGAUGGAGAGCUCUCCUGACAAAACCAGGGCUCAGCUCUGGUAGUAUAGUGAACGGGUCACUCAACAACAUUACGGAUUCGCGGCACAGGCGUUUCAUGGACGUCCAGGCCAACACGUUUGCUUUCGGGGUGAUUCUGCUGGAGUUGAUAAGUGGAAGAGCCCCAGUUUCUAAAGAUACAGGAGACCUUGUUGACUGGGCGAGGAAGCACUUGGACCAGGCCGAAGAGUUCAGCAAGCUGGUCGACCCGAAGCUGAGGAACGCCAACCACGAGAACCUGGGCAUCGUCUGCAACGUGGUGAACCUCUGCAUCGACGCCGAGCCGUGCAGGAGACCCUCGAUGAACAUGAUCACCGCCAUUCUGGAGGAAGGCAUCGACAUGUCGCCGGCGACCGUCCUCAGGGACUCCUCCCUGGCAUGGGCGGAGUCAGAGAUCGCUAUCUCGUAGAUGGACACGCUCUUUGCUGCUCCUGGGACUGUAACCACCACACAGACAAAGAGCUUCUUAGCUUUUUUCUUCUUUGUUUUUUAAUCCGUGCUUACUAGUUACUACCAUCCGUCUCCUCCAAGCGUUUUUGCCUCCCCCGUUCUCCCAUCAGCUCGCAGUUCGCAUGAUAAAAUUGUGGAUAGUUUGUGGAGAGCAGAUUUGUUAUGUGAUCCAACGAACUUCUACUAGUUUGUAAUUAAGAUUCUAAAAUCUGUUUAAAAUUUUUUAUUCGGCAAAACCAUAUUGAAACAACUCCUAUAAAAUAAAGGUGAGAGUAAA